AUGGCGAAGAAAACCGUGCCACUACCGCAACCCUCAACAGCGCCGUUCAUCGGCAAUCUAGCCGACAUUGAUAUGGAUUACCCUACCGGAUCCAUGCUGCACCUAGCCAAGAAGUACGGCGCCAUCUACAAGCUAUCGUUAGCCGGACAAGACCUCGUCAUUAUAUCAAAUUGGGAUCUAGUCAACGAAGUCUGUGAUGACUCAAGGUUUAAAAAGUCUAUCAAAGGCGAUCUAGAGGCCAGAGGAGAUGAGGAAAAUUGGGGGGUCGCCCACCGCGUUCUUAUGUCAGCCUUUGGUCCUCUAUCGAUCAAGAACAUGUUCGACGAAAUGCAUGAAGUAGCCAGUCAGUUGGCGUUGAAGUGGGCUAGACAAGGGCCAUCGGAAGCGAUCGAUAUCGGCGAGGAUUUAACUCGCCUAACUCUUGAUACUGUAGCUCUCUGCUCCAUGGGAUUCCGUUUUAACUCGUACUACCGCCAGGACCUGCACCCAUUCAUCAAGGCAAUGUAUGCCGUCCUGGUGGAAGCGGGCCAGCGGGGCAUGCGAUUCCUUCCUGGUUUCUUCUACCACUCCGAGGAUCGCAAGUUUCUGGAGAAUAUCAAGCUUCUGCGGACAACCGCAAGCCAAGUCAUUGAUGCUAGAAAACUUUCCAAAGGCGGCGACAGCAGGAGGGACUUGUUGACUGCGAUGAUGGAAGGUGUCGACGCACAGACUGGUCGCAAGAUGACGGACGAGAGCAUCAUUGACAAUUUGAUCACCUUCCUCGUCGCCGGCCAUGAGACGACCGCUGCCACGUUCCAAUUUACUAUGUACAACCUCCUCAAACACCCGGAAUGUUAUCGUAAGGUACAAGAAGAGAUUGACACCGUCAUCGGCACUGGAUCCAUCACUCUAGAACACAUACCCAAGCUCAAAUACUUGGCCGCGGUUCUGCGGGAAACUCUCAGGUUAAAUGCCCCAAUCACUAUAUUCGCCAGAGAGCCUAUCAAAGAUGAGAUAGUCGGUGGCAAAUACUUGAUCAAAGCUGGUACACAGAUCGGUUGCUUCCUUUCCAAGUCGCAGAGUGAUCCAAAAGUCUGGGGUCCCGAUGCCGACGAGUUCAACCCUGAGAGAAUGCUUGACGAAAAUUUCGAUCGCAUACAGAAGGAGUUCCCCCAUAGCUGGUCUCCUUUCGGGACGGGUAUGCGUGGCUGUAUUGGCCGCCAAUUCGCCUGGCAGGAGUUGCUUCUGGCUUUUGCCGUAUUGUUGCAGAACUUCAACUUUGUCAUGGAUAACCCGUCGUACACCCUUCAGGUUACCCAGGCCUUGACUGUCAAGCCUAAAGACCUUUAUGUCAGAGCAAUUCCAAGGGAUGGACUGACUCCAUCGCAACUCGAAGCGCGCUUAGCUGGCUCGUUCCGUGACAAUGCCAAGACGAGAGCUGCAAAAAUAGCUCCCGUUGGCAAUGGAAAGCCCCAAGUCGACUCGGGAAAGAAGAUUGCGAUCUACUACGGAUCUAACGCCGGCACAUGCGAAUACAUGGCCCAAAGACUAGCGUCGGAUGCUGCUGAGCAUGGAUUUACUGCCUCAGUCGACACUCUGGAUGUUGCUAAGGAAGCUGUUCCUGUGGGAGUUCCAGUCGUCAUUAUCAUAUCUUCCUACGAGGGGCAACCACCACAGAACGCUUCACACUUUGUCAAUUGGAUGGAAAGUCUGAGCAAUGAUGAAUUGAAAGACGUCAAAUACGCUGUUUGGGGCUGCGGCCACAGCGACUGGGCAAAGACUUAUCAUCGCGUCCCUCAACUAGUGGACACUUCUUUUGAGAAACUCGGAGCAAAGAGGAUUGCACCCAUCGGGACCACUGACGCAAAAGAUCGUGAUAUGUUCUCCGAUUUUGAGGUUUGGGAGGAUGAAACCCUGUGGCCAGCCAUCGCCAACGAGUUUGGUGGUAAUGAGAAUGGACAGAGUUCACCUGCGAGCUUGCAGGUCUCCUUCUCGGCGCCAAGGGUCUCACACCUACGGCAGGAUGUGAAGGAAGCGCUGGUGGUUAAUGCAAAGUGCCUGACUAAAGCAAAUGUUGGCGGAGAAAAGAGGCACAUUGAGAUCCAGCUGCCUGGUGGCUGGUCCUAUAUUGCGGGCGACUACCUGGCAGUGUUGCCUCAUAACCCCAAACAGACAGUCGCCCGGGCCAUGAGACGUUUCCACCUGGCAUGGGAUUCCCAUGUGUCUAUUCAAGCCUCUACCGUGACGACACUACCAACAGGCGGCAGUCUUCCAGUCUCUGAAGUCCUAAGUUCCUAUGUGGAGCUUUCACAGGCUGCUACAAAGCGGAAUCUGUCAACUCUUAUUGAACUUGCAAAAGACGCACAAAUAAAGGCGAAACUUGAGCAUCUCGCAGCGGAUGACUUCGACCACGAAGUUCGAGCCAAGAAGCUCUCAAUAUUGGACCUGCUUGAACAAUUCCCUAGUCUGCUCAUCCCGUUCCAACACUUCCUUUCAAUGCUACCCCCCAUGCGAGUCCGGCAGUAUUCGAUUUCGUCUUCAAACCUAGCACAACCUGGAAGAGUCACACUGACGUAUGGUGUCCUCGAUGUGCCAGCAUAUUCGGGCGUCGGCCGCCACGUCGGCGUCGCAUCCUCCUAUUUAUCGACAUUGCAAGCUGGCGAUAAGAUCCAAGUAGCAAUGCGAAAUGCCGCGGGAGGUUUCCACCUCCCACUGGAGGUCGAUAAAACGUCCAUCAUAUGCAUCGCUGCUGGGACUGGUCUAGCUCCUUUCCGCGCUUUCAUCCAGGAACGUGCAAUCCUCCAAAGUAGCGGUCAGAAACUGGCGCCAGCACUGCUCUUCAAUGGCUGCCGGGAUCCCGAAGACGAUGAUCUCUACCGCGAUGAGUUUGAUGCGUGGGAGGAUGCAGGUGUUGUCACGGUAUUUCGGGCGUUCAGCCGCAGAACUGAUGCUUCGGCCGGAUGCAAGUAUGUUCAAGACCGCUUGUGGCUAGAGAGGGAGGAAGUCGUGAAGCUGUGGAAUAAGGAAGCUCGUAUCUACGUAUGUGGCUCAACUAAGUUGGCAGAGAGUGUCAAGGAGGUGCUGGUGCGCAUCAUCCAGGAGGAGAAUGAGAAGAGUGGGCAACCUGUCACGGAAGAGGAAGCGGCUGAGUGGUUCGAGAAGCAUCGGAACGAGCGCUUUGCCACGGAUGUGUUUGAUUGA